AUGAUCAGUUAUCUUUUCUCAUCCAUCGCAAAGCUAAAAGUCCGGAUCCGUUCGUAUUAUAAAAUCCGUUCUGUCAAUUCCAACCUACAUCAUAAGAAUUGGGAUAAUAUAAACGGGGCCAAGGAUGGAAUGAUGCACUUCUUCCACAGGGAGCCAGAGGUUACGCAAACUGGUGAUUUUGAUGGCAUAUUGAAAGCUUUCCACGACCUACCAAAGCCAUUGCAGGAUUGUUUGUUAUGUUUCUUCAAGUUCCCACCAAUGGCAACCCUAAAGAGAACCCCGAUGAUGUACCUGUGGAUAGGGCAGGGAUAUAUUUCCGAGUAUCUCCAUUCUGAAGGGUACGUUUGGGAUGUUGAAGUGCAUGCUGGCAAGAUCUUUGAUGAGCUUAUUGCAAAGGGCUUCAUCGAGCCUAUCUACCAAAAGUGCUCCUUGGUGCCAGACAGUUGCAGGAUAAGCCUUCCAAUUCGUUCUUCUUUAUACCAAGAAGCUGAAGUUCGAGGAUUUACUUCCAAUAAUAUUAAUCCUCUUGAUCUGGAUCUUGGAUUUGCUUGGGGUGGUCUAGAUGGGCACUCAUGUCUAAUCAAUGUUGGUGAAGCCAUAAUUAGUUGCGAGCCUAAAUUAUUUGAGAAUAUGAAGCAUAUUCGAAGUCUUUAUCUUGGAAGGUGGGAGAGCUCAGCUAUGCACCACAUUGAACUAGCAGACACCAAAAUUCUCCAUGGACUGAAUAAGCUAAAUAGCUUAGCUUUUCUUAGCCUUCGAGGAAUUUCUAUGAUUACGGAGCUUCCCACAUUCAUUUUGGAGCUCAAUAAUUUGAUGAUCAUAGAUCUCCGAGCUUGUCAUAAUCUUGAGGUGAUUCCUACCAACAUUGGUUCGCUCAAGAGUUUGACACAUUUGGACAUGUCCGAGUGUUACUUUUUAGAACACAUGCCCAAGAGUCUUGCUCUCCUAUCAAACCUCCAAGUCCUUAAGGGAUUCUUGAUUGGUGAUUUUGAUAACAAUAAACAAUUGUGUACUCUACUCGAUUUGUUGGCACUACAGAAGUUAAGAAAACUUAACAUCUACAUAAGUGUGAAAGAACUUCUCAGACUGCAGGACUUGAAGUAUUUAGGAAGGUUUGAAAGCCUGAAAAAGUUGACAAUAUCAUGGGGAGGAUGCUCUUUACAAGCUCCAGCUGAAGCUGAAGCAUUUGACAAUGCUACACUUCCUCCUAGGGUACAGAAACUAGACCUUCAGUGUUUCCCUACGACACGUCUACCUUAUAAUUGGAUGAUGCCUGGCAAACAUAUGGAACUAAAGAAACUCUACAUUAGAGGAGGGCAUCUCUGUGAUCUACAUGAAAUUCAAGAACGCCAAGGGGAGCAGUGGACCCUGGAGAUAUUGCAUUUGAAGUACUUGAGCGAAUUAAACAUAGAUUGGAGAAAACUGAGGAUAUUAUUUCCGAUGUUGAUUUACUCGCACCAAGUAGAGUGCCCCAAGGUUACUAACUUCCCAUGUGAUGAGAGGGGCGUGUGGAUGGACAAUAAGGCCAUUAAUACUCACGUGCAGCUGCAGAAAUACCUCAAAACCAGUGGCAUGAUCAGCUCAAGUUCUAAUUGGGGCUCUAGUUCAACCUCAGCUCGGGAUGAUUCUAACAUAUGUCCAGUAGACGAGAAAUAG